CGACCUUAUCUUCAGCGGAGUCCCCGGCUUUCGCUGGUUCGACUGACACCGCCUUCGCGAGUCAACCUCUGAUUCCUAGCGCUUUGUCUGUUUUUGGCACGCAUUCGUUACCCAUUGUCCUUCACCCCGCUUCGGAGUGUUGCAGGUUUAGCAUUUUGUAAAAUUAUGGAGUACAAGCGGCAGCAAGCUUCUUCGCCCAAAGUUCCCCCUCGGCUGAUAAUUCACGGCGGGGCGGGCAACAUCACCCCGUCGAACUUGACGCCGGACCGCUACGCCGAGUUUCGUACUGCCCUUUUAACCAUUAUCUCCAAAGCCCACUCCUAUAUGACGACGCCCUCCCCGGACGACGGCAACGGGGGCGGCGGCGAAAAGCUACCCUCGGCUCUCGCCGUGGCGACGCACGCCGUUUCCCUGCUCGAGGACGACCCGCUCUUCAACGCCGGGCGGGGUGCCGUCUUCACGCGCGACGGGCUCAACGAGCUCGAGGCCUCCGUCAUGGUCUCCCGUGGCCGAGCCAAGCGUGCCGCCGCCGUCUCCGGGCUCCGCCGCGUGCGAAACCCCAUCCUGCUCGCCCGCGAGGUGCUGCGCCACGGCGAUGCCGACCUCCGCCCAUCCAAGCCCGGCCGUCUCGCCGCUGCCGCCGAUGCUCUGGCCACUGAUGUUGCUGCUGCUGCUGCUGCUGCUGCUGCUGCUGCUGAUGAUGAUGAUGAUGAUGCUUCGAGCGCGCAGCUGAACGUUCCCAGCGCGCAGGGGCACACGCACCUGCACGGCGAGACGGCCGAGCAGCUGGCGGAGAAGUACGGCCUGGCCCUGGUGGACGAGGGGUAUUUCUGGACGAAGAGACGGUGGGAGGAGCACCUAGGGGGCUUGGAGAGGGAGAGGCGCGGGGGCGGCGGCUGGGCGGCCACAUGGAGCAAGGACGAGUACGUGCCGCAGGGCACAGUGGGCGCCGUGGCGCUUGACGAGGACGGCAUCGUCUGCGUCGCGACGAGCACGGGCGGGCUGACGAACAAAGUAACCGGGCGUAUCGGGGACACGCCCACGGUUGGAGCGGGGUUCUGGGCGGAGGAGUGGGUCGAGCGCGCGCAGUCCGGCGGGGGAUGGAGUCGGCAGCCGGUCGUAACGUUGGCUGGGGCGCUCCGGAGCUGGGUUGCAGAUUGUUUGCCCACGCCCUGGCUCUAUACGCCUCUUCCGGCCGGAAGGGGUGAGCUAGUCACCACGCGAUCGGUCGCUGUUUCGGGCACCGGCAACGGAGACUCCUUCGUUCGGACCGCGGCCGCGAGAACAGUCGGCGCCCUUGCACGCUUUGCCGGCGAUUCCUCCCGCGAAGCAGUGACCAAGGUCGUUGGGCCAGGCGGCGAAGUCCAGAGAAGCGCUGGGGAUAGAUGGGGCAAGACCGGUGAGGGUGAGGGCGGCAUGAUCGGUGUCGAGUGUGUCGUUGUGAGAGACGCCGAGGGCAGCGUGGUUGAGGUCCGGUCCGAGCUGCUCCAAGACUUCAACUGCGGCGGUAUGUUUCGAGCGUGGAUCGAUGAUCGCGGUGUCGCCAUCGCUCAGGUAUUCCGCGAGGGAGAGGAAGUACCGGACACAUACGCCGGCGAAGGAAGACCCGAGAACCCUCGUGCGUGGUCUGGGGAGAAGGUGGGCUUAGUCUGACAAGUUCAGUAAAGAAUCCUUAGAUUGGGAGAUGGACAGGUCGCCUGGCUUCAAGAUGGAUAUUAUUUUCUUUGCAGAUAUUCCCGCUGGCUGCCGCUGCCGCUCAACUCCGUGGCAAGCGUAGCCGACCGAUUCUAUGUUACAGCGAACGCCGCCACCAAUAUGCUGACCGUCAUAAAUGCAUACAAAAAUACACAUCCGGGCAUUGCCGAGCGCACGGAGAAGAGUUGGGUGUGUUGAAAGGCCGUCACUAAGCAUUCCGAAUCGUGGCGCUCUACGCGAGCAUCUUCUCGCCCGAAGGAAGUGGUUGCGGCGCCUUCGAUCCAUUAGCCCACGCCCACG